AUGUGUCUUAAUGAAUAUAGAAGAAAAGUCAAUGCACGAAGUCAAACAUCUGAAUUGAAAAAAUCCAAAUUAGAAAAAUUCCAAAUGAAAAAGAGAGAUCAAACAUCUGAAUUGGCAAAAUCUGAAUUAGAAAAAUUCCAAAUGGAAAAGAGAGAUCAAAUAUCUGAAUUGAAAAAAUCUGAAUUAGAAACAUUUCAAAGGGAAUGA